GUGUUUUUACCAUUCGCCGAGUGAGCACACAUUUCGUCCUUUUUCAAAAACCCUACCGUAUGGGAAUUUAUUAAAAGAUAUUAUUUAUAUACACACAUAUUUAUUUGUAUAUAGAUACGAGUACAACAACAAUCCGUCGCAUAAUAACGAAUAACGAUUUACACACAGGGUACACGUUCCGCAAAGUGUCAUCCACAUCCGUGAAAUUUGUUCUCUCCUAAUUUAUUUUAUUGUUUUAUUUAAAACAAAAAUAACAAAAGAAAAUAAAGGAAAUUAAUUUGGGGUUUGUUUUAAAUUUUGUUUGUUUUUGGUUUUUUUUUUCUCGAUUGACCUGAAUUUAUGAUAUGUAAAUGAAAAAAUUAUGAUUUAAUUAAUAUUCUCAAAAAAUAACAACCAACUAAAUACAAUCAGAUUGUAAUUAAAAUGUUGGUAAUGUUAAAUUAAAGUUGGCAAAAGUGAAAACACGUUUUAUCGAUUCGAUUUAAAAUAAAAAAGUUAAUUUUCCAAAAUACAUAAAUGUAAGUGAUAUUAAAUUUGUUUGUCUUUUGAAAUUUAUGUGAUUAUUAAAACAUAAUAAAAUUAUAAAAUACACAAAAACAACAAACAGGAGUAACGAAAAUAAAUAAAACAACAACAACAAAAACAACCAAAAGAAAAAGAACAACAACAACAUUACGAAAACAUUGCCAGAUCCCAUUAAGGUCGACAAUGUUUGCGAACAACUUUUAUAUUCUACUUGGCAUUGUUUGCUGUUUACAGCAACUCAAUGUGAAUGCCUACCCAACAAUAAAUAUCCGUCGACUAUUUGAUUCAGCAAUUGAAGGCAGAUACAAAAAAAGUGAUAUAAAUUUUCCACAGCCUGACGAAGAUGUCCUUGAAUUGGAUCAUUUGAAACACGAAGAACAACAACAACCAAGCAUAGCCGAUGAAUCCAUUGAAGGAGGUGAUAUCCAUUUCGAAAUUCCAUCCGUCAAUGCGGCAGAGCAUCCAGUUGCCGCAAUACCAGCAUCACCAUCAGAAUCCGCAGCAGGAGUAGGAGCAGGAGCUGCAGAAGACACACCAAUCAAUCCUACAGAUUUAUUACCCGAACUAGAGCAGCAAUUGGAAGAGAUGACAACGGCAAAAACGAGUACCAUUAAUAACGCAGCUGCUGGCCAGCGGGAGGGUGAACAAACUCCUGAAGGUGUAUCUCAUCAUCGGCCACCGAUGUUGCCCCAUCAUGAUGGUGGCAAAGUUGGCAGUAGCCAACAACAACAGGCUCCUGUACAAACACCCGGAGGUGGAACAAAUAACGAAGAAUCAAUUGGAACAGUAGAAGGCAACGUCAACUCACCACUCUUGACUAAGCCAUUCUAUGGAGCUGCACGUUUAGCUUUCGGCCAAAAUCCAGAAGUUCCAUCAACAACAACAUCAACAUCAACUACUACGACCACAACCGUCCCAACAACAAUUAUUACAUCGUCUCCGACAACAAAUGAAAACAUUCCCGAGUCAAUUAUCACAUCGCCCCCAUCGGCUCAAUCAAUCGAAACAUCCGGUGUUCAACCGCCAUCAACUUCUGAUGAUGAUGGUGGUGAUUCCAAUCCCAACAAAAACAAGGAGCAUCAGGUCAAUCCACCAUCAUCACCCACAGCAUCAGGCGAACAUAAUAAUUCUAAUCUGUCGCCUUCGUCUACGUCCGCAUCGUCAUCUGUAUUGACUACAAAUUCCAAUGAGAAGGAACAACUUGGUGACACUUUUGUUCCACAAAUGGAAGCCACAAAACCCGGACCGGAACGUCGUUCCUUGAACGUGAUGCCUUUAAAGACGGCUGAGAACUUAUUAAAACACAAGGAUGGACAAUACUCUUCUUUUGAUAUGGCACAAUAUGUCUUCUGGACUGGUGAUGAAGCUGGAGUAGCAAGGGCUGUUGAGGAAUUCAUUGAACAAGGUUUGAUGUCCAGAGAAAAUGCCAUCAAAUUUUUGCGUGACAUACGUUUAGGGAUCGAGUACUUGCAGAGCUCUUAUGCCAAUCGAGUAUUCCCCGACCAAUUGAGGGACAAUUUUAUUAAGAAACACUCUCACAAUUCAAAUCCGAUGCAAACUCAAGCUCCAGCUACAACAACUUCAACGACUACAGCAGCACCAACAACAACCCGAAGACCAGUACCAUUGACCACUGAAAGGACAAGUUCUGUCAUCGCAAGGGAAUACUCCUCCGCUGCUGCUGGUGGUGGUGUGGCUCCUGGUAGUGGCCAUAAAAUGGUUUUAAAUCAUCAUUUGGACAAGACAAUGGAAAGUAUGCCAUCACUUAUGCGAUUACAAGAUGCCAACAAUGUUCAUCAUGAUAGAGAACGUUCCGAACAUGAUGAAGCAGCUGGUCGUGCUAAGAUAGCAAAAUUCCUUUACACAGAAUUCUCCUUGGAAGAAGUGAUUUAUCAAUUGGGCAAGGUAAUGUUCUCCGAGUCACUGGCUCAUGGUUCAGACCAAGCUCAACAGGAACUUCAGCGAUUAACAGACUUCUUGGAAGAAGAAGGCAGACAGGGAAUGAUAUCUCCAGAAUUGCAGAAGAAAGUUUUAGAUGUCUUGCUUCAAGCCCUCUCAGACACCUUAGUUGAACAUCCUGAACUUCUGGCGGCUGCACGUGCUAAUCUUGGCAGUUCUUUCGAAAAGCUUCCAACUAAUUCAUUGGAAUCAAAAAACUAAAUUCAAAAGAAUAAUAGCUCACACUAUAAAAAUAAUUGUAUCCUUUUAUCUCAAUAAAUAAAUAUUAAUAAAAUAUAACAUCUAAAUUAACAACUUAAGGCUAAAUUAUUAUAAUAUAUUAUAUACACACCUACAUAAAUAUAUAAUAAAACAAUAUGUACCAGAGUAUCAAAUAAUAAAAUAUUAUUAUAGACUAAAAAGAAACAUCCAAAAUGCGAUAAAUUUAUCAUAAACAAAAAGAAAAUUUCAAAUAAUAUUUACCAAAUAAAUUAAAAAAAAUAAGAUAUAAUAAAAUAUUUAUAUAUAUUUAAGAGAUAAUUUAUAUACAAAACAAAAUUUAAAUUAGAAUGAUUUUAUAAACAAAUUAAUACUCGUGAUCGUGACGUAUAUAUAAAAUAUACAUAUAUUAUAUAAAUAUUAUAAACAAAAUAUAUAUAAAUUUAAAUUAAAUUUAAUACCAUUGGCAUUAAUUAAUAGUUUAAUAUAUUUCGAACACCACAUUAAUAUUUGACUUGCAAUAAAUUAUUAUUUAUUAUAAACGUGCUCUGAAUAUAAUAUUAUAAUUAUACUUAUUUAUAUAUAAUUAUAUAUUUUACAUAUUUAAGGGAAUGGUAAAAUAAAAAGGGAGGAGGAAGAAUACGGAAUUAAUUGAUAAUAAUAUUAAUUUAGGGGAUGGCUUUAUGAAUAGCGCAUGAGUUUUAUAAAUAUAUUUAUUGUAUACAUAUAUCAUAUUGUUUUGUUAUUAAAAAAAAGGAUUUGUUUCAAAAUAAUUGCGUUGGAGAGUAAUUUAUAAAACCAUGAAAUUAUUAUAACAAAAAUUAUAAACCAUAAGCAAAUAAAUGUACAUGAAAUCACUGUGAAAUAAAAAAUUAGGUUUUAGGUAA